AUGCUAGAUCCUAUAGAUGAAGUGUGCCACCCGCACGUAGCCAAAGAACACUUCCUUCACUAUCUGAAGAAAGAAGUCUUCCAUCUCAACUUCUAUCGCAUGCACAUGCUUUAUUUCAUUAUCGUUAUUUUCAUCACAUCCAUCAUAGUGUAUGGCGAGGGCCUCGCGAAUAACCGUGAAGCUGUAGAUGGAAGUCCGCUCAGAUACAUCGACGCACUCUUCCUGUGCUGCAGCGCAAUGACGACCACAGGACUCAACACUGUCAAUCUUGGCUCCUUGUCCGGUUUCCAGCAAGCAAUCCUUUGCAUCCUGCUCAUCAUCGGCAACGUGCCCUUCGUCUCGUCCUUUGUUGUCAUCAUUCGUCGGCACUUCUUCCGUCGCAAGCUAGCCGACAUCGUUCAGCACUCCCGGUCAGGCCGGCAGAUGGUUCGGGACCUGGAAGAAGAAGAAAGACAAAGUCACUACCGCCGUGAUGCCACCCACCUGCGGAAACGUCCCAAGCGGCGCAGUGAUGACGACAAUGAAGACGAAAGCAGCGAGCAACGACCACUGCGCAGUUCCUCAACCCCAGCACACCGCAGGAAUACGAAAAGGGAGUCAUCAGACCAACGCCUUUACCACUACGCUACAGGCCGAGGCUUCUUCCCCUGGCCGUGGGAGUCCCACACCGUCCAACGCUUCUUCCAUUACCCCUUCCGCCGGCUCCAGCGAAAAUUACAACCGCCCGACCGGUCCUACAUCUCCUUCGAUGCUGACCUGGAUGAGCGAGGCCGUUUCCGCAACCUCAGCGAGCACGAGCGCGCCGAGCUUGGCGGCGUCGAGUAUCGGGCACUGGAUCUGCUGCUCCCGCUCCUUCUUGCCUACCAACUAUUCUGGUACGCGCUGGGCGCCAUGAUCCUCGUGCCAUACGCCUACCGCGACGCCAUCAGCACCAUCAUCCGAACCGCACAGCCAGGCAACCUCAGCCCCGGCUGGUGGGCCUUCUUCGCCGUGACCACGAGCUUCUCCAACGGCGGGCUGAACCUCCUCAACGCCAACUUCAUCCCCUUCUCAGGCAACGCCCUCAUCCUCAUCGUCUGCGGCGCCCUCACCAUCGCCGGCAACACGCAGUUCCCCAUCCUCCUCCGCCUGGCCAUCUGGACCCUCUCCCGUGUGUGCCCCACGGCCUCGCGGCUGCGGCAGACCUGCCUCUUCCUGCUGUACCACCCGCGGCGCUGCUUCAUCUACCUCUUCCCCAGCAAGGAGACGUGGUACCUGUUCGCGAUCCAGGUCUCGCUCGACCUAGCCAUGUGGCUGCUGUACGAGCUGCUCAACAUCGGGAUGCCCGGCGACGGCGUCCAAAACUCCGCCUCCUCCUCCUCCUCCUCCUCCUCCUCCUCCUCCUCCUCGCCGCUACGCGUACGCAUCCUAGACGGCCUCUUCCAAGCCACCGGCCUGCGCAACAGCGGCGCCUACGUCGUCACCAUCGCCUCGCUCGCGCCCGCCCUGCUCGUCGCCUACCUCGCGACCAUGUACAUCUCCUCCUUCCCCAUCGUCAUGGCCCUACGGCAGACAAACACCUACGAAGAGCGCUCCGUCGGCCUAUCCUCCCCCUCCCCCUCCAACCCCUCCUCCCUAGGCACCCACCUCCGCCACCAACUCGCCUACGACCUCUGGUUCCAGCUUCUCGCCUGGUUCCUCCUCAGCAUCAUCGAGCGGCCCAAGCUUCUCUCUAACACCUUCACCCUCUUCACCCUCCUCUUCGAAACCACCAGCGCCUACGGCACCGUCGGCCUCAGCACCGGCGGGCCUUCCCACGCUUCCUACAGCCUCAGCGGCGCCUUUCAGACCAGCAGCAAGCUCGUCGUGCUGGCCGUCAUGCUGCGCGGCCGCCACCGCGGCCUGCCGCUCGCCGUCGACCGCAGCAUCCUGCUGCCCGGCGAGGCCCUGAUGCGGCGCAUGGACGCCGAGUACGACGAGUACGGUCGGUGGAGCGACGCCGAGGAGGCAGAGGUGCGGCGCGAUGAGGAGGAGAGCGGGCGGCGCGCAGGGGGGUCGGGCGGGUUGUUCGGGGGAGGGGGAGGAGAGCAGGAUCCGGAGAGGGAGAGGGAGGAAAGCGAUGGUAGCGAUGGAAACGGUAGCGGCGUAGGCGGCGGCAGUGGUAGUCGGGCUGCUGCUGGGCAUCAUCGCAAGUCGAGGAGGCGAUCGGACGGAGAAGAGCAGCUGCAUUUUGAAAUCACUUGA